AUGUCGCCCUCGAGACCGUACAUGUCACUCACAAACUGCGGGCGAUGUUCAAGCCCUGAAAUUGAUCGUCCUCUGGUUGUGCAGUUUGCUGCUAAUCGAUCACAGGAUCUAGCUGAUGCUGCUUGUAUAGUUUCUCCGUUUGCAGAUGGUGUUGACUUGAAUUGUGGUUGUCCACAAAGGUGGGCAAUAGCAGAAGGAUAUGGUGCUUGCCUAAUAAAUAAACCAGAAUUGGUUCAGGACAUGGUGCGUCAGGUCAGGAAUCAAGUGGAACAUCCUAAUUUUUCAGUCUCAAUUAAGAUAAGAUCUUUGGACAUCUCAGGCAGGAAUCCCACAAGAAUACACAAAGAUCUAGCAAGAACAGUAGAUCUCUGUCGAAAGGUUGAAGCGACUGGAAUCUCUUGGGUCACUGUCCAUGGCAGAACAAUAGAGGAACGACAUCAACCUGUGCACUAUGAUACAAUCAAGAUUAUUAAGGAAAAUUUAAAUAUACCAGUAAUAGCAAAUGGAGAUAUAAGGAGUCAUAAAGAUAUUGAUUACGUGCGUCAGUUCACAGGAGUUGAUGGUGUAAUGGCUGCACGAGGCCUUUUAGCAAAUCCUGCUAUGUUUGCCGGAUAUGACGAAACCCCUUUACAGUGUGUUCGGGACUGGGUUGACAUUGCUUUGGAACAUGGAACACCGUACACUUGUUUUCAUCACCAUUUGAUGUACAUGUUGGAAAGGAUAACUUCAAAGCAAGAGAAGAAAAUCUUUAAUGCGUUAUCAAGUAUGUCAGCUGUUCUUGAUUAUCUCUAUGACAAUUAUGGUUUAUGAGAUCGUAUAAUUUUUUUUAUAUAAUGUCUGCUAAGACGCACAUUUUAAAAGAUUUUAAAGGAUUUGAAAGAAAAUCACUCGCUGGGACCUGGUAAACAAACCUUUAGCAGAAAACAAGUUUUGAUGACCUUUUGACCUAGUACCUAGAAUGCCUGUGGUAACAAAGAAGUUACUAACUCCAGAUGUGUUAUUACAGAUAUAUUUCGAAUCAGUUAGGGUUGUAAGGUAGCUGUUUACCUUCUCAAUAGUUUUAACAUCAACAGUCUCUUAAGUAGAUUUGAGGACUUCAGUCUUUCACGCUAUUUUAAUGACAAAUCCGCAGGUGCUUAUUAAAUAAAAUUUUGUAUUUUACCAUUAGUUUUAAUUAUGUAAAAAUAAAUUCAGCUCACCAGGCUCACAGAUAGGGACACUUCCACUGCACCACAAGAACCCUUCGCUGUAUCUUUCAUGUUGUUGACAAGUGGCAUGAUGGGUUUCUCACUAUGCAACACAAGUUGUCAAAUAAGCUUGUUAAAUACCUUAUUCAUGACCAACUCGCUUCGUUAAUAUUCAGCUUCCAAUCUUACCAAACACCCAAACAAGACUGACAUCAGAAAUCUGAGCAGGUACCUGGUGAUUUUGCUCAUUGCUUGUGCAGAGACCUCCAUUGACAGAUACUGACAUCAACGUUAUGGGUUCUGGCCGCAUGUACCCCAUUAAGCAUCUGACAUGAGGACCUCGGGAUGCAGUGGCAACUAUCAUUGUAAUGCUGUAUCAAGAACACUGUGCGCUUAGGGACAGACACCCAGCUCAGGAACUGGAACCUGAGUCCCACUUGUGUACCACCCCAAAGCAAGACCUCCAGGUCCCCUGCCACAAGCAGGAUGCCAAUUUCCCCCAUCUGCCAUGUCCAGGGGAAAUGUCAGGAACCGUGCACAGCAGCUCAAGAUUGACCGUGCUUAUUUGGGUUCACAACAACCAUUCAAGAUGGUGCAGGUAAAAGGGUUGAUGGAUAUCUGGUGAAUGGCUAUUUCUGGGAAUGGCACAUGUUAAGAUGGGGAUAGAAUCACACACAAGGAUAGGGUGAAUCAGUAAUGAGGUGAAUUUGAUAAGAUACAAUGAGAAAUGUCAAUGUGAUAAUCCCUCCAAAAAAGUCAAUGCAGCUUAUACUUAGCCAAAAAAUCUAUGAUUCGGCCUCUUAUCUAAAAAUUCAGAGUUUUAAAAUAAUUGUAUCUUUUAGUGCGAGCCAACUCAGACCCCCACAAGGACUUAAGAUUCUACAUUUGCAGCUAAGUUGUCAUAAUUUAACUAUCUAGAAUUAACAAUCACAACACAUUUAAAAUGUCCAUUACUUUCUUGGUCUUCUGGAGCCCAUUUUAGACAUUGUACUUGUUGAUAGUGGAGGUGGGGAGGUGUAGUCAUGAAAGUGGAGUAACUAUAUAUUAUGGUGUUGGGAACAAUUUUUCUUGCUUGGUUCAAAAACUACUCUGCUCCUCAGCCUCAAAUUAGCUAAUGAGCUAAGACUGUACACUUUGAAAAGAUUUCUAUUUAAAAGUUGCUAAAAUACCCCACUGACCCAGCAUUUCUGAUCAGCAUAAACGCUGCUAUUCUGAUGAACUAAAUACCUAAAAUAACUACCUCCAUUCAUGAGAUCAAUGGAAUAGAAAUUCAUUAUGCUGAAUAGGGAUAAUUCUGUGCAUAAAAUCUGUUCCCAAAGGGUCUUGAGCUUUUUCACAUCAUGAAUAUAAUGCAGUGGACUAACUGCCAUGUUUAUGUCUAGAAAUACCCUAUUAUUCCAGGGAGGCGUCACACUCCAUCACAUAUGAUAUUGUAUUAGGAUAGAAGGUAACUUACCUUAGAUUUGUAUUUAGUAUAUGAAAAAAUAACAGUCAGUACACGGUCAUUUAACGUAGAUUAAAAUCCUAAGAUAUUUUGCAGAAGAAAGAAAUGAGCAAACCUUUGUGUAUUGACACUAUCAGUGUCACAUGUACUUUUGAGGCUCUCAAAGUGUUAGAGGCUGAGGAGCAGAGUAGUUUUUGAAGUGUUUGUAUUAUGUUGGUAGUUGGUGAUUGGAUUUGUUAUUGCAUUACAAUUAAAUUGUUUUUACAUUUUAAUACAAUAUGUUAAAUUAAGGGAGACUUAGUGGUAUUAUUACUGAACUAUUAACGUAGGGACCCGGGUUCAAAUUCUGCGUGGAAAUCUGGAAUUCAAAGUCUAGUGAUG